AUGUCUGGCCUUGAAGUGGGACGACCAGUUGCCACUCCUGAAAGAACAAAAUCCGUUGAUGCACUCACCAAGAAAGAGAUCUUAUCAGCGCUAAACAAUGGAGAGAUUUCAGAAACAUCAGAGGACGCUAGGUUCAGAGUUAGGGAGCUCCUACUCCCCAACGCCGAAUCCUACUGCGGUUCUCUCCUUGGAAACGUUCCCGAGGGCUCAGGGAAGUACGUGUGGUCAGAUGGUUGCGUCUACGAUGGAGAAUGGAGGCGUGGGAUGAGGCACGGCAAUGGGAAGAUGAGAUGGGCUUCAGGAGCUUGUUAUGAAGGUGAGUUCUCAGGCGGUUACAUGCACGGCACAGGGACUUAUACGGAUGCUAACAACUUGACGUAUAAAGGAAGAUGGAGGCUUAGUCUGAAACAUGGCCUCGGUUAUCAGGUUUACCCUAAUGGAGACGUCUUUGAAGGUUCUUGGAUUCAGGGGAUGGGAGAAGGGCCAGGGAAGUACACUUGGGCUAACAAGAACGUUUAUCUUGGGGACAUGAAAGGCGGGAAGAUGUCAGGGAAGGGGACGUUGACUUGGAUCACUGGAGACUCCUAUGAAGGGAGCUGGUUGAAUGGGAUGAUGCAUGGUCUCGGUGUGUAUACGUGGAGCGAUGGAGGCUGCUAUGUUGGGACGUGGACAAGAGGUUUGAAAGACGGGAAGGGAUCGUUUUACUCAGCGGGGACACGUGUUCCGGCUGUGCAGGAGUUUUACCUAAACGCUCUGAGGAAGAGAGGCGUGUUGCCUGAUAUGAGGAGGCAGAACCAGGUUGCUUCAUCGGUGAAUAUGGAGAAUCUGAGAGUUGGUGUGAGCCGUGAUAAGCUCUCGAAAGGGAGCUUGAUGAACUUGGAGCAGUCACGCAACGGGAGGGUUUCUUUGGAGAGACGUUGGAGUCUUGAAGUGUCGAUUGAGAAAGUGAUUGGACAUGAUUACUCUGAUUUGUCGGAGGCGGUGCUGGAUGGUGGAAGCAGCGUGCAGUAUAAAGCGAACAUACCGAUCUUGGAGAGGGAGUACAUGCAGGGUGUUCUGAUCAGUGAGAUGGUGGUGAACAACGGGUUUACACGGACGUCAAGAAGAGCGAAAAGGAAGCAUAAGAGACUUGUGAAAGAAGCUAAGAAGCCAGGGGAAGUUGUGAUUAAAGGUCACAGAAGUUAUGAUUUGAUGCUUAGUUUGCAGCUUGGAAUCAGGUACACAGUGGGGAAGAUUACGCCUAUACAAAGGCGAGAAGUAAGGACAGCGGACUUUGGACCUAGGGCUAGCUUUUGGAUGAGUUUUCCUCGAGUUGGCUCCACCAUGACUCCUCCUCAUCGCUCAGAAGAUUUUAAAUGGAAGGACUAUUGCCCAAUGGUAUUCAGGAACUUGAGGGAGAUGUUCAAGAUCGAUGCAGCUGAUUAUAUGAUGUCCAUUUGUGGAAAUGAUACCUUGAGGGAACUUUCUUCUCCGGGGAAGAGUGGCAGCGUCUUCUUCCUGUCUCAGGAUGAUCGGUUCAUGAUUAAAACACUCAGGAAAUCUGAAGUCAAGGUUCUUUUGAGGAUGCUUCCAGAUUACCAUCAUCACGUGAAGACGUAUGAGAACACUCUCAUUACUAAAUUCUUUGGUCUUCACAGAAUCAAACCAUCAAGUGGUCAAAAGUUCCGCUUUGUGGUGAUGGGGAACAUGUUCUUUACAGAUCUAAGAAUCCAUCGGAGAUUUGACCUUAAAGGUUCGUCACUGGGACGCUCUGCAGACAAAGUGGAGAUAGACGAGAACACGAUACUUAAAGAUUUGGAUCUCAACUACUACUUCUUCUUGGAACCUUCUUGGCGGGAAGGUUUACUAAGGCAACUAGAGAUCGAUAGCAAGUUCUUGGAAGACCAGAACAUAAUGGAUUACAGCCUUUUGCUCGGUGUGCAUCAUCGAGCUCCAGAGCACUUAAGGUCCCAAUUGGUCCGUUCUCGAAGCAUAACAGCUGACGCGUUAGAAAGUGUAGCUGAAGACGAUACAAUAGAGGACGACAUGUUGUCUUACCACCAAGGACUAGUUCUUGUUCCUGGAGGAAGUGACAACAUUGUAACUGGCCCUCACAUUAGAGGCAGCAGAUUACGAGCAUCCGCUGCUGGCGAUGAAGAAGUCGAUCUCCUUCUCCCUGGAACAGCCAGGUUGCAGAUACAGCAAGGAGUGAACAUGCCGGCGAGAGCAGAGCUAAUACCGGGAAGAGAAGAGAAAGAUAAGCAGAUUUUACAUGAUUGCUGCGACGUUGUGCUCUACCUUGGGAUUAUAGACAUCUUGCAAGAGUACAACAUGACCAAGAAGAUCGAGCACGCUUACAAGUCUCUUCACUUUGAUUCUCUUUCGAUAUCAGCCGUUGAUCCUACUUUCUACUCCCAACGUUUUCUUGAGUUCAUCAAGAAAGCAUUUCCACAGAACAACACAUAG